GAGUCAGUGUGCUGUAAUGUUUUGAUGCAUGGCAGUAACUGGUGUAAAGAAGGCUGGGCUGGGUCUGAUGGGUUUGGUUUCCACUGAGCUGAUGUUAUCUGCAGGCACACACGCAAACAUUCAGAUCACACGGAGCACUCUGCGUGUUUCAGUUUCAUUUACACACGUUAACACUUGAGCAAGCGAUGGCUGGACCGAGGCCUGUGGUGAUGAGCGGACCGUCUGGAGCUGGCAAAAGCACUCUGCUGAAGAAGCUGCUCACGGAGUUUGAGGGUGUAUUUGGCUUCAGCGUUUCCCAUACGACGCGAAGCCCCCGUCCAGGAGAGGAGGAAGGCAAAGACUAUCAUUACGUUUCCAGGGAAGUGAUGAAGGCAGCCAUAGCAAAUGGUGAAUUUAUCGAAAAUGCUGAAUUUUCAGGGAACAUGUAUGGAACAAGUAAAGCAGCUGUUCAGGCUGUUCAGGCCAAAAAUCUGAUCUGCAUUCUGGACAUUGACAUGCAGGGAGUGAAGAACAUCAAGAGAACCGAUCUCAACCCCAUCUAUGUGUCCAUCCAGCCUCCGUCAAUGGAAAUCCUGGAAAAACGAUUAAGGGAUAGAAAAACUGAAUCUGAGGAAAGUUUACAAAAGCGUUUACAUGCAGCCAAAGUUGACAUGGAAAUAAGCAAAGAGCCGGGUUUAUUUGAUGUGGUGAUUACCAAUGAUGACCUUGACGUAGCGUAUGGGAAAUUAAAACAUGCUGUUCUUGAGGAGAUCCAGAAGGUCAGAGAUGCCAACAAAUCGUAGACGAGAGCACACCUGCUAACCACAGACCUCUCCGUUCACCUCCAGCUUCAGCAGGACGAUUUCAGACCGCUACAUUCCUCCGAGAAAGACUUUCUGAGGCUCAGUCGAUACUCCAACACCGCUGAACCUCGUAUAUACUCAUUAGUAUACGGUGCAGGCUAGUUUUAUAUAUUCCAGGUUUGUUUUGUUCCCCACAUGGCUACGUUACGUAAACAUGUAGAUUUAACCAAGAAACACUCUAAACUCCUCGUUUCUGUUUUGAUAUUUCUUUAUCUUUCACAUUUUUUAUGACAAUAGACAUGGUAGAUUUUAUAUAUCUAACUGGCAUGUUCACUAAUUUAUUGUAGUUGUUUUUUCUAUGCUGAUAUUUUAUAACAUCUCAUUCUUUGCAGCUUUCCGUUCUCACUCAGAGCUAUUAUCUGCACAUAUGAGCAGUGUGCUACACCUGCUUUCAUUCGUAUAAUUGCAUCUGAACGUCUGACAGCGUACGAGUCCAGUAAAGCCUGCUUUCUUAACUAAUAACGAAUUCUUAAAUGACGGAGCUGGUUGCGUCUCAUCUGCUGGUGUCUUGAAAUGCCUAAUCAUGUUUUGCAUACACAUUACAUGCAUUUAGCUUUGUAAAUAAGAUUGCAUUUCACUUUAAUAUGUUUACCAGCUUUGAAAGUUUUAUUAAGAGUUCGAAGGCAAUACAGGCUUUGUUUCAGACUCCGAGUUUUAGUGUACUUCUAAACACAGCCACAAGUCUUUACAGCUUUAGGACACAUUGUUUAUUAAAUUAAAUGUGACCAUCAAAUCAUAUAAAAAAAACAUAACAAUACAUAAUCUAAAAGUGUAGAUUACAGGCACUAUUCUUUUUAUCUUCUUCCCUAAUUUGAACUACAUUACACUGUUAUGUUUAUUAACAAUUGAAACAUAAUAGAAGUAACAAAUCUAAACAAUGGAUUGUCAUCUGAUCUAAUGAUACGGAGUAUUUUCACAUGAUAAAAUACAUGUGUAACAAUAGUUUUGAGUUUUAAAACAGGCUCUUGUGUGCAUCAGAAGAAACUUUAUAUUUGUUUCUCCCAAAGUACUGUAUGUCCAUUGAGAAAGAUGUAAUAUAAUUUAACUUGUGAUGCACAGACAUACAAAUCAAACGUGACUUUUAUCAAAAUGGAACCAAGGUUUUCUCCGAGGAACCCAAAAGACCGGACACCAGCUGUUUUUGACAUGUAGAGCAAUCCUGUGUGUGUGUUGCAUUUAUUUGUGAUGUCUUUAUUUUAAAUAUGGUUGAUGUCUGGCUAGCGUUUGGAUUCUGCUGUCUCUUACAGAUCCUGUUUUGUUAAACAUUUAGUUUGUGGUGUAUGUGAAAUCUGAGGAAUGGAGUUAACGUCUCAAAACAAUGUCUAAACUAAAUGUCACUGUUUUCUUUCUUUCUUUUUUUUUAUUCUAAAACUAUUUACAAGUGUAAUAAAUCUACACCGUUACAGUG